AUCCAGUCCCUCGCAAAAAUCUCCCACCGCUCCGCACCGCAGCUCCCUCCAAAUUCUGAGCCGCGCGCAAUGGCCGCCGCGCCGGUGGCCUCCCCCUUCCCCGCGCUCCCCUCCUUCAACUCGUCCACGCGCCGUUGCCACAGACGCGUGUCGCCACCACCACCAGCAGCCGCCUCGUCGCCCGAGCAGCAGCGCGCCAGGGGCGUGGCGGCCGACGCGGGGGAGAGUCGGCGGCGGCGGCGGGAGGAGGAGAAGACGGAGGCCCAGGCGGAUGAGUUCGAGAGGCAGCGGAAGGAGGAGGUGAACCGCAAGAUCGCCUCCCGGAAGGCGCUCUCCAUCAUCCUCCGGCGCGACGCCACCAAGGCCGUCCUCGACAAGCGCGAGCCCGGCAAGGGCACCCGCCGCCUCCUCCCCCGCACCGUCCUCGAGGCCCUCCACGAGCGCAUCGCCGCCCUCCGGUGGGAAUCCGCCCUCAAGGUGUUCGAGCUAAUGCGGGACCAGGUGUGGUACAGGCCGUACGUCGGUAUAUACAUCAAGCUCAUCACCAUGCUUGGCAAGUGCAAGCAGCCAGGGAAGGCGCACGAGCUCUUCCAGGCCAUGGUCGACGAAGGCUGCGCCCCCAACCUUGAGUCAUACACGGCCCUCGUCUCCGCUUACAGCAGGAGCGGCAGCUUCGACAGGGCUUUCUCCUUGCUUGAUCGGAUGAAGGCCACCCCUGGGUGCCGGCCUGAUGUCCAGACAUAUUCGAUCCUCAUUAAGUCUUGCUUGCAUGCCUAUGAUUUCGACAAGGUGAAGGAUCUGCUAGCGGAUAUGGCGUGUGGGGGUAUCCGCCCAAACACCGUGACUUACAAUACUCUGGUUGAUGCUUAUGGGAAAGCAGGAAGGUUUGCUGAGAUGGAGUCAACUCUUCUUGAGAUGUUGUCUGAAAAGUGCAAGCCUGAUGUAUGGACAAUGAAUUCUACUCUGAGAGCUUUCGGUAGCAGUGGUCAGAUUGAGAUGAUGGAAAGCUGCUACGAGAAGUUCCAGGCAUCUGGUAUCUCCCCAAACAUUAAGACCUACAACAUUUUACUUGAUUCAUAUGGUAAAGCUAAAAUGUAUGAGAAGAUGGGUGCUGUGAUGGAGUACAUGCAGAAGUAUUACUAUUCUUGGACAAUAGUCACAUACAACGUAGUUAUUGAUGCAUUUGGAAGGGCCGGCGAUCUUGAACAAAUGGAAUAUAUCUUUAGGUUGAUGAAAUCUGACCGUAUAAAGCCUAACUGUGUUACCCUCUGUUCAUUGAUUAGAGCAUAUGGAAGGGCUGAUCAAGUGAAGAAAAUAGAAACUGUGUUAAGAAUUAUUGAGAAUUCGGACACAACAUUGGAUAUUGUGUUCUUCAACUGUUUGGUCGAUGCAUAUGGGAGGGUGGGGUGCUUGGCAGAGAUGUGGGAUGUUCUCAAUAUGAUGAAGUUAGAACGAGUAAGUCCAGACAAGGUAACCUGUACUACCAUGAUUAAAUGGUUUCUUGUCAAAGGGAUUGAUGAUCAUCGUGUUCAGCACCUACGUGACCUAAAAGAUGGUCUAUCUACAGAUAAUAAGUAGGUCUGAACACCAAUGGAGAUACUUAGUCAAUGGGUUUUGUUCUCUGCGUUUCUCUCCAAGGAGAUGGAACAACCUGUGUGGAAGCUUCAUUCAGUUUGCACUUUGCAUUGCAGAGGUGCAUCAAUCCUAUCCUGCUCUUUGAUGCCCUUACGAGUAGCUUGAAAGUAACUGAAUCAAAAACUUCUUGGUGGCAAUUCAUUGAGGCACAAAAUCUAUUCAAGAAGUUCAACAAUGGAAAUACAGAACUAUGUGGUGGCAUAUGCCAGAUAUAAAAGUUGCCUAUGGUUAUGGCGUCCUAGGCUAGGAAUGAGUUGAUAUCUGUGAAGCAUCUAUACUGGUUACCACGUUUGAAGGAUAUUGGAUAAUAUAGAGGAAUUUGAAGCCCUCUAUGAGUAGCUGUGAACUUCGUGACAAUCAAAUAGAGCAAGUGCUGUGUUGGUGACAUUAGUCAGAUUUUGUUGUGCCGUGUGCCUUGAUGUAUCAAUCGUACAGCUGUACAUGACAUCAUUUGUACUACUGACUUAUGGAAAGAUGAAGGGAAACUUAAUCUGUUAACAGUUACUUUUCAUUUCUA